CCAGCAUUACAACUCAUUCAAAGUAAAGCUUUAAACAAAGAGUGGCCAUAAAAGUCAUUCGGUGAGACAUGGCAACUUUUGAAAGAACACAUUGUGUUCUCAAUCAUGUUCUCUUUCAUAUAAUGUUAGUAUUGAUGUUCUUGCUUUCACGGAAAAUCACAGCUUCUCCAACAACAGAAGCUGAAGUCCUUGUGAAAUGGAAAAACAGCCUACUAUACACUCCUUUUCUCAAUUCAUGGUCCCUCUCCAAUAUUCACAACCUUUGCAGUACUUGGGAUGCCGUUGUUUGCGACAAAACAACAAACACAACUGUCUCAGAGAUAUACCUUUCUGGUUUCGAUCUCAGUGGCACCCUUCAUGGCUUCGAUUUUGCUUCCCUACCAAAUCUCACUCACCUUGACCUCAAUGAUAACAGCUUUUAUGGGUCAAUACCACCUCAAAUUGGCAGCCUCUCCAAACUCAUUUUCUUGGACUUUGGAAGCAACAACUUUACAGGGACAGUGCCUUAUGAGAUAGGACAUUUAAGGGAACUCGAAUAUCUCAGCUUCAACAACAACAGUUUCAAUGGUGCUAUUCCCCAUCAGGUCAUAAGUCUCCCAAAGGUAUGGUACCUUGACUUUGGAGGAAACUACUUUGCAUCUCCUCCUCACUGGUCUGAUUAUUCAUGCAUGCCUUCCUUAACAUACCUUGACUUGUCUUUCAAUUCAUUCACUCCCGAAUUCCCAAGUUUCAUAAUGAAGUGCCACAACUUGACUUUUCUAGACCUCUCUUUCAACUAUUUUAAUGGCACAAUACCAGAAUCAUUGUAUACCAAUUUGGUUAAGCUUCAAUUCCUGAACCUCUCAUAUUGUGAGAUGGAAGGACCAUUGUCGUCCAACUUGUCCAAGCUCUCAAACCUCAAAGAGCUUCGUAUGGGUAACAACAACUUCUCAGGAGUACUGCCACCUAACUUGUGCAGCGGUAUGAUGCUAUCUAUUUUGGCAGUCAAUAACAACAGCUUUUCGGGGAUUUUUCCAAACUCCUUGAGAAAUUGUUUAACACUAACUACAAUAAGGCUUGACGGCAAUCAUUUCUCUGGAAACAUCACAGAAGCACUUGGGGUUUAUCCAAGUCUUGGUUUUCUAGACCUGCGCUCUAAUGAAUUCACGGGAAAUAUACCCCAUAAAUUUUUCAGAUUGGCUAAUCUUAUCUUCCUUGAUUUAUCUAAUAACAACUUGAGUGGAAGCAUUCCUAAUGACUGUGAAACAUUCAAUGCAAGCUCUCUUAAAAUUCUCAACUUGUCUCACAACAACUUGACAGGAACAAUUCCACAAUGUUUGGCAACCUUACCCUCUCUCACAGUUUUGGACUUGCAUAUGAACAACCUUUGUGGAACCUUACCAAGAAUCUUCCCUAAAGGUAAUGUCUUAGAUACUAUAAAACUGAAUGGCAACUUCUUGGAGGGAGCAUUACCCAAAUCCCUGGCCCACUGCACAAAACUACAAGUUCUGGACGUUGGAGAAAAUAGCAUAGAGGACACAUUUCCUAGUUGGCUAGGAUUGCUUCAAGAGCUACAGGUACUCAUUUUACGAGCAAAUAAAUUUUAUGGUACCUUCAGUAACUCCUCCAACAUUAGAGAUGCACAUGCAUUUCCAAAGUUGAGAGUUUUUGAUGUCUCCAACAACUAUUUUAGUGGGUCCUUGCCAGUAUCAUUCUUGAAGAACUUUCAAGGAAUGAUGAAUGUCAGUUACACUCAUAAUGGGUUGCAAUAUAUGAGUUUCACUUAUUCCGGCUAUCGAUCAUAUUUUGCAUCAAUAGUGGUCAACAUGAAAGAUCAGUCAGUGGAACUAGUGAAAAUAUUGAUGACUUUUACAACUGUAGACUUGUCAAAUAACUUACUUGUGGGUGAAAUCCCACAGGUAAUUGGAGAAUUAGAUUCCCUCAAAGGACUCAAUCUCUCACAUAAUAGAAUAACUGGCACCAUUCCACAAACUUUGGGUAACUUGAGAAAUUUGGAAUGGUUGGACCUCUCAUGGAAUCAGCUGAAGGGUGAGAUUCCUUUGGCCUUAACAAAUUUGAAUUUUCUGUCGGUUUUAAAUGUUUCACAAAAUCAAUUAGAGGGAGCUAUACCUGCAGGUGGCCAAUUCAACACAUUCCAAAAUGACUCCUAUGUGGGAAAUGCAAUGUUGUGUGGACUCCCUUUAUCAAAAUCAUGCAGUGGUGCCAAUGAUGACAAUGGACAUUCCUCAUCAUCCUUGACAUUUGAGGAUGAAGAAAAAUUUGGAUUUGGCUGGAAAUCUGUUGCAGUGGGAUAUGCAUGUGGAGUGGUGGUUGGAGUGCUCUUAGGAUGGUCCUUUUUCUACACUGGAAACCCACAAUGGCUUGCAAGGCUUUUAGGUAUCCGUAUACCAAAUAAGAAAGUCAAAAGGAAAAACAACAAAAACAGAGUGCAUGUAAAUCAAUCAUAGAAGAAUGAAUUAGCUUAGUUACUUUAUUUUCCUUUUUUAUUAACAUGUCUGUGAUAUAAAGCCUAAUAAAGAGUGAUACUCUGUAUUUAGAUCUGUUGGAGAAAUAAUAUACUAAUAUAGUUAUAUAGCA